AUGAGUCGAGUAGGGGUCGUUCCACAAGUUAACAGCUCUGCCUCUUUGCUGUCAGCGUUUACGGCCACACAAGAUGAAUGGCAAGCCUACCGCCUCUAUACUCAGCGGAUAUCAUCCACACUCGGUGGACCCUUCGACGUCGGCCUAUGGCAAAAACUUAUCAUUCAGAUCUCCCACGCCGACGCGGCUGUGCGCAAUGGCGUUUUCUGUCUCGGCAAUCUUUUCCGACAUGGCGCCGACGGGAGCAACAGUCACAUAUCUAUCUGCUCCUGUUCUCGCUGUGUCCAAGCCUUGAGAUCGUACAACAAAGCCAUAGCGUCGUUCGCAAAUCGGUCUGCGAGGGUCGAAGACCCGGUCCCGUUGAAUGCGGCUCUUGCGUCGUGUGCCUUGUUCAUCUGUAUCGAGUAUUACCGAAAGAACGAUCGCAAUGCCAUUGCGCUGAUCGACAAGGGCUGUGCGAUGCUUGUUGAAUAUUUCCGACAAUCACUCGAUGUGCGCACCGGCGACAUUGAACCGGGACUUUUGAAUCUCUUUGCUCGCCUGCGAACGUUAUCAGCUUCCUUCGGCCAGCCGGUGCAUUGGCCACUAUCAACCCAGUACUCUGCUCUCAAGAGUACACAAGAGCCGCUUCCCAGUCAAUUAGAGCGCGCACGAAGCUCUCUAUAUGAUAUUAUGACAGCGCUUCUGCGUUUGAGACGGCGUUCUGCCGAGACGCUGAUCGAGCUGUGGGCUUCGAGGACCUGCAUACCGAUCGAGGAGUUACGCCAGGAGAGAGAUCUACUCGCGUCGAGCCUGCAGAUCUGGAAUGAGAAAUUUGUGGAGCUGCAAACAGCACUCCAGUCGGGGCCUCCGGAAUUAUCUCUCCCCGCGCUCAUCCUCUACGGCCACUUUCUGAAGACGAGGAUCUAUACCGAAGCAAGCUUGGAGUUGUCACAAGACUGUUACGACGCGUACCUGCCGGAAUUUGAAGCGGUUGCAGAAGCUGCCGAAAUAGGUCUGCGUCAACUGUCUGCGGCCAAUCAAACGACCAACUUUUCCUUUGAGAGCUGCUUCCUAGGCACGCUCUACCUUUGCGCACUGAGGUGCAGACAGCCAGCGGUCCGGAGGAGACUAGUGGAAUUGAUGCGCCUCUGUCGAGAGAAGGAAGGUCUUUGGCACAGAGGAGAGAACAUCACUGUCGUUUCACGCGUGAUGGAACUCGAGGAAGGGCGAGCUGAGUUCAUACCCACAAGCAACGCACACAUUGGAGCUGAUUUCCGGGGACCGCCUCGCUUCCAUGAGGUCUUGUGCGAAGUAAACUACGUUGUCGAGGGCAAGACCAUGGUCGACGCAACAUAUGUUCUCUACCAGGAACAUUCAGAGCAUAAGUGGCUGGCGAUGAAAGAGACCUUGGUGGUGGACGGGUGA